AUGGCGAUAGUGCAGGAUCCAUUCCAGGAGGGGCUGAACAGCUGGUUCUACGUGCUGUGGUUGACUACAGUCGACGGCAGGAAGUACCAUCUCACAAUCAACACAGUAAUCAAUGGAGCGGGCGAGCAAGGACAUGCAAUCUCUGGGUUCAUGGGUUUGGAAGACCUCUCAAACUCCAGCUAUUCUGGCGGAAUCAUCCUGGAGCCUGGCAUAGCAAGCACAGAGUUCCUAAAUGUGCAGGCACCCUCUCAGAACCUCAGCAGUCCCCAGGGAUCUGACAAUUACACUGAUCUAUACUUUUCCGGCGACUAUGCAGGUAUCUCAGCCAAUCUACAUAUGCAGCCUACCGGCCCGAACCUAUAUCCCGGUGGCAGUGGAUACGUCACUCUCAAUCCCGUGUCUCCCUCUGAUUACUUUGUUGUCCCCCCCGGGUACUCCUGGUAUUGGGGAAACCCUCACUUGAAAGUAGAGGGCACCAUCAAACUAAACGAUCAAGACGUGGAGAUUGACACGUCCAAUUCGUUUGGCUUCCUGGAACGGCAGUGGGGUGACAUGCAGCUGCGCAACUGGUACUUGUACUGGGUGUAUCUCUCCAACGGCAUCUUUCUCCACGUCUGGAUCAACGAACCGACCCUCGAAGGGUUCAACUCCGACAGUAUCGCCAUCGCUACUGUCUGGCAUCCGAAUGGCGUGCACGAGGUGCUACCAGUAGACAACACGACGAGGGCAUGGGACACUACCCGGAGCGCGAAGACCGGAAACCUCUAUUUUAACGAAUUCCAGUUGGACCUUUCGACUAGAAACUCGUCAAUUAGAGUCACCAAGCCCACCAGGGACACGCUCCUUAUCCCCCUUGCUGAUUACGGCGCACCGUUGCUCAAUGUCUCAGAAGCAUACGUCCAGGGUCACGGAACCGGCGAUGGCUUUGUCGCCAUGACCGGGCUCUACCAUGGACACGAGGACACUUUCUUCGAGUGGCACAUGGUGGGUAAAACAACGGGACGCGUGAUAAGAGAUGCAGAGUGCACGCCUUACAUGGAGGCGCUCUACGCCAACGUGCGCCUCACGUACCCUUCAUACCGAUUCGAAACCGCGCCCACGCCGAUCCCGAACUCGACCGUCUUCUUCGCCCGCAACUACAAUGCCUUUUACAGCGCCUUCAGAGGCGUCUUUCCGGCCCCCAUGAACUCCUUGCUCCACAACGACUCCAUCCCGCCCGAAACCGAUCCUGGCCGCAUCGAUCCUUUCUUCCAGGCCCUGAUCUGGGGCCGCGACGGCAUACCCAUCGACGAACUCAGCGACCUCUCCAAAAUCAACACCACCCUCAUCCCGGGCAUCGAGCGCCUGCGCGCCCGCCAGCUGGCCCAGCUCCUCAGCGGCGCCUACUGCAGCACUAACGCCACGAAAGGCCUUGUGCAGCACGACUACGAAGACGGCGAGACGCCACCAGACCUGCACGACUUCCUCGCGAACCUGACAGGCGCGCUCGUCGACGACUCGACACGCCUGCGCCUCGUCCAGACCGGCGCCUCCACACGCGUCCUCGAGGCGCUGCUGCUAUUCAUGGCGGCUUGUGCCGUCGUCUCGAUCGUGCUGUCGCGCCGGGAAACGGGCUGCGGCGGUAGCAAGAUCCUGUACCAGGAUCCGGGGAGCAUCGCGGCGAAGAUGAGUCUGUUUGCGGGGAGCAGAUUGGUAGAGAGGUUGAGGAAUGAGGUCGUGCGCAGAGAAGUAGCGAUAGGUGAUGGUGGGGCGGGGGGCAGGUCUUGGCAGGACUUGGAAGAACAGGCGGUGGAGAUAUUCAAGGGGUGCGCCUUCAGCUUGGGAUGGUGGAAUGAUGGAGGAGAGGGGUCGGCGGAAGGGAAAAGGUUCGGGAUUGAUAUUGGUGUGGCCAAGAAGAGGGAGGAAGUCUAA